ACCGGCUGCAGGCAGCGGGGGCGGCUCCUGCCUCGCCGCGGCCCUGAUAAAGGGGCGCCGCGGUGGGCGGGCGGCGGUAGGCGGCCAUGGCGUGGGGCUGCGAGCUCUGCCUGGCGCUGGCGGCCGGAGCCCUCCUGGCCCUGCUGUUCCGCUGGCUGCGGGCCGACGGCGACCUCACGCUGCUGUGGGCCGAGUGGCGGGGGAAGAAGCCAGAAAAUGAACUACGUGGCAAGGUUGUCUGGGUGACAGGAGCUUCAAGUGGAAUUGGAGAAGAAUUGGCUUACCAGCUAUCAAAGAUAGGAGCCUUGCUUGCCAUCUCUGCAAGAAGAGAGGAUGAGCUCGAAAGAGUGAAAAAGAAAUGCCUUGAGAUUAGCGACUUGAGUGAAAGAGAGAUCCACGUUCUGCGUCUUGACUUGACUGACAGAAGCUCUCAUGAAGCUGCAACCAACCGUGUAAUUCAGCAUUUUGGCAAGAUUGAUGUUUUGAUCAACAAUGGUGGACGCUCCCAACGCUCCUUGUUUGUGGAUACAAACCUGGAUGUCUACGAAGCCAUAAUGGGACUUAACUACCUAGGUACAAUCUCGUUAACAAAACAUGUGCUGAAUCACAUGAUCCAAAGGAAAAAAGGAAAAAUUGUUACUGUGAGCAGUGUGAUGGGUAUCAUGGGAGCUCCUCUUGCUUCUGGGUACUGUGCCAGCAAGCAUGCUCUGCAGGGAUUUUUUAAUUCUCUUCGGACUGAGCUGACUGACUACCCCGAGAUAAGUAUUAUCAACAUAUGCCCAGGGCCUGUACAGUCUAAGAUUAUACAAAAUGUCUUUACGGAGGAUCUUGCAAAGUCCAUAGAGAACAGCGGUGAUCAGUCCCACAAGAUGCCAACUGACCGGUGUGUCCGGCUCACCCUGGUGAGCACAGCCAACGACCUGAAGGAGGCCUGGAUCAGUGACAACCCCUACCUGGCCGUUUGCUACCUCUGGCAGUAUGCGCCCACGUGGGCUUGGUGGCUGAUGAACAGAAUGGGCAAGAGGAGGAUACAGAACUUUAAGAGCGGAGUGGAUGCUGAUGCCUCUUAUUCAAGAAAGAAGAAGUAAGGAUGAGUACCUACAAAAUCCUGCUGUUCUCGUGCUAAGGCUAAGAAACCUUUUGUUUGCAGUCAUGCAAUAUGGAAAAGCUUUUUUUCCUCUGUUUUAUCUUUGUUAUCAUUUACCUUGACAAACCUAUCAAGGCGUAUACACGCUUGACUCAAUAAAAAUCUCUUUCUAAACAUA